CGAUAAUGUCGUGCUGUGAGUGAGCUGCUGCCAUAUGAGCGCAAUCUAAUCGAAGUGAAUUGUUUAAUUGUGAUUUGUUAUUUUCCAUAUAUACAAUAGUAGCUCCAUAGUAAAACUACGAACACGGACGCUGCUGGGCCGCGCGCACCAAUCGCAUAUAUAGUAGUGUGGUUUAAUUAGAAAAUGCUUUCAAUAUUUCCAGUACGCAUCCGCUUAUUCUUGACAAACGAGUACUUCAUAUAUGUACAUACAUAUAUACUUAGGCGUAUUCGAUGUGACGCACCGCUAGUUUAAAAAAAUUCUCAACACGAAGUGCGAAAACGUUGCAAAAUUUACAUAUAACGCGGUGCCUUUGUUGUCGCAGUGCAAAUGUGUUAACCAUUAAUUAUAAUAAUUCUCACAAAACACGCAAAGCAAAUUUAGAUUCGAAAAAAAAAUCCACACAACACCAUAAAAAUAUUGAAAGUGUUUGACGAGCGACGCGUUUGCAAAUCGUGCGGCGGGCGGCAAACGACACACCAACGAUCGCGACUACCGCAGUACGCUUGUGUGCUUAAGCGCGUGCGCCAACCCCGCGCGCUCUCUCGCUUUCCCUCCCUAUAUGGUGCAUCUAUGUGUACUCUUUAUUAAUUAAGGUAGCGCGCAGCAGUCGGUCAACGCUGAAGAGAGCGCGCUAGUUAUUGCAAAUACUAACGCCAGCAAUCACUCCACCAAUUGACGCGUCGCGAUCGCCAUUGUCCAGUACUUUGGCGCAACGAUAGCAAACGCGUGUGCAAUUACGUGCGCGCCUUAUACGUGCUUGACGUCAACGCCAUAACAACCAUAUUGUGGUCUAUGCGUAAAUUGAUUGUUACAUAGUACCAUCGUCAAGCGCAGGACUAUACUACAAGCGGUGGCAUUCGAGUGCGUAUCAACGCUAUCAGCGCGAUCAAUAGUAGCGCGCUUGUACGCGCCGCUUAGUUGAGUGUGUGACGCGUCCACCAAAAGCCACCAAAUAUAAACGUCGAUUGAUAUUGACGUUAGUGUAAAACAAAAAACGCCAACAACAAAAGCAAAAAACACUGCCGCAGUCACCGCCAGUAGCCAUUGUCAUCAUAACCAUUCUUAUCGCCAACACCAACGCGUUUGUUGUUGUGCUAUGUGCUGUGUGUUAUUGUUGUCAACUGAAUAAUAUUUAUACUCAUUAUAAUUCGCCGAUUAAGCAUUGUUGUCAUUUUACACACAAACACACACACACAUACACAACCAGCUGCAUAUAGGCACAUGUGGUUGGAUGGAGAAGUCGUCGAACAUGGAAAAUCUUAAUCCGUUGAGGUCAUUAUUUAUUCAUUCGUCAAUUCUGUGAACUGAUUUAUGUGCGUGGAAUACUUUAAAGCGCCUUGAGCUGCGCAACGUACACAUACACAGACGUACACAUAGGACGUAUAGUAACAGCGAGUGGCUGACAAGCGUACGAGUGCGCGCGUCGCGUGAGCAUAAAGCAGUAGUGUGCGACUGUGGCUGUAGCUAAAAGCGUGCGCUAAAUAUUUGUCAUAAUCAUUAACGCCAGUGUAUUAAAUGUUAUCGGCUGUUGAGAAUUUUGGCCCGUUGGUCGGACCGGCUGUUGCACUCUCACACCAUCCCCAUGCCGCCGCGCAUCACCUACAAGCGCCACACCAUCCGUAUACCGCUGAACGUAGUCCGGGCUAUGCGCUGGACAUAGUGUCGGCCGCGGAUGCUACUGUGCGCGUUUCGGCCGCCCUCUCACCGCCCACCUCCAUAGUGCCCGUCACUGCCACCGCCGCCGCCGCCAUCAUCUCCAGCCAGACACCGCUCACACACACGCAACUAACGCAAUUGAAUGCGUUGCAAACGCUUAAAUUACAACAACAACUGCAACAACAGUACGAACAACAAUUGAGUAGUUUCAUUAGUGCGCAGUCCGCGCAGUCUUCGGCGUUGGGCGGUAUAACGGUGUUGCCGCAUCGGCCGCAACCGCAAGUGGCGUCGCUGAACGAGGCGCGCGAGCAACAGCGGCAGCAACAUCAGCAACAACAACAGCAGCAACAUCAUCACUACCAGCUACAACAGCAGCACCAACAACAACAACAACAAAAGCAGCAGCAACAACAACAACAACAACUACGAGAACAACAGUCAAUCAGCGUGAACUUGACGCUGCCCGCAAACGCACCAAAGUACAUGAGCUCGCCGCGCGAUACCUCAACAAUGAUGCCGCUGACAGAGUUCACACCGCCACCAAAACCCAAACAUGAAGCACACACCGCAAUGGAAAAUGGCCAGUGCGGCGCCAUGAAUUUGGUCACAAACGCGAGUAACGCCUUCACCAGCAGCACAAAUUACCAAUUACACAACGCUAACGCGCACACCAACAACAGCAGCAACAGCAAUCCCGCCUCCAUUGACAACAGUCGGCCAUCGUCGUCUUCCUCCUCGGUGGAUGUGGAGAAUGAUGAGAGCAUGUCACCGGUUAAUGCCACGCAAGCUGCGCGCAAGCUAUUGGACCCUGCCGCUUUACUGGCACACAAGCAACCCACUUACAGCGAAACCAGCGCAUCCUCAGCCGCUGCCGCCGUAGUGGCCGCCUAUCAAUUUAACUACUCACAAUUGUAUGGUGGCGGACGACCGGCUGGACUCUACAACCCACCUGUCAUAUUUACAGCUCACAAUCCGCACGUCUCGCACGUGGUGCAGCAUCCCAGCGCCGUACAUAGCGCGCACGCGCCACCAACCGCCUACCUCGGCGCAUUGGCGGCGCACACAGCGUCGGCUUCGCCGAGCGAAAAUAGUGUCUACUCCGCCGAAUACUUUAAAGCGCUGCAGAGCGCGGUAGCUGCGGGUGUCUUCCAAACGGUGCCCAAUCACACAACGGCCGUCUUUCAAACGUCACCGCUGGCCGGUAAUAAUGCGUCGCCGUCAGCUAUCGGUGUGACGAAGUCACGGUUGCGUAGUCCCGCUGCAAGCACUGCGUCAGCGCUGGCGCCAACCGCUUCACCGCCUAGUAAGGCGGAACAGCGUGCGGCGACGUCGACGAAACUCUCCACUGGCACUUACCUGUAUGAAAAGGCGAAAAGAUCGCCGCCCGAUACGCCGGCGGACACUGAGAAAUUCUUCAAGAUACCCAGCGGCAAGGAGGGCUCACUCAAGCAUCGCAUACUGACGCGACCGUCCAGCGCCGACAAAACGUUAAUGACGGCAUCAGCUGUGGAAGCUAGCAAGACGCCUGUUAUGCGCCCACACAAUUCGACGUCCAGCUUUAAAAAGGGCUCGUAUAUCGAACUCUCGAAUGGCUCCCUGCGCCGUGUGGAGGAUAUGCGCACCGAGGAUUUUAUACAAUGCGCCGAGCGCAGUCCACAUCACCAGCUGAUCGAGUCCACGGUGGUGAAAAUUAACAACAAUCCUUCGUCACACACUGUCGUCAUUGCAUUUAGUUACGAUCGCAAUCAGUCGAAGGUCGACAUGGAGGUCGCCACAGAACACCCGUUUUUCGUCUAUGGCCAAGGCUGGGCAUCCUGCAAUCCCGAAUUGACAUACAAAGCUUUCGGUUUGAAGUGUCAACGCUUACAAGUCGGCGACAUCUGCAUUUCACUAACCAAACGCGAACCACCGAAUAUAAAUAUAAACAACAAUAUUAACAACAACAACAACAAUAUUAUAAGUAGUAAUAACAAUAAUAAUAAUAAGCAUAUGUAUGCACACGAUACAACUGCAACAACAACAACACGCACGACAACAAAUGACAGCCAUUGCCUGGAACGUGAUCUCCAACCACUCGCAUUGAGCGACAACGUGUAUGCAGCGCAUUUAAAAAGCGCCGGCCUUUGCCCACCGCCCACCGCACCAUACCCAACAAUGCGUGGCGCUCACGGGGGCACAGUACACUUUAUGCCGCCACACCUGCUCGCCAAUGCACCCGCUACACAUCCAGUGCCCUAUGCACCCAACGAAACAUACCCACACUUCCCGUUCCCCACGGCACCGGCGCAAGCGGCGGCCACAACUUUCCAUAGCUCGCGUGCGCAACACGGCGAUUUAACGUGCGCGGCGCAACCACCCACGAAUAGCAGCACAAGGUCAGCGGAUGAAUGCGCCCAAUCAGCAGCAGCAGCAGCGGCGGCGGCUUCGGCAGCGUCAGCGUCUGCGCGCAAACGUCGCUGGUCGGCGCCGGAGAGUUUUUCCAACAGCGAAGAUGAGGACGACGAAGCCGCGCGUUCGGGUGAAUAUCAACCGCCAUUGCGGCAGAAAUCGGCGCCGACAGCGGCGGUAAGCAGCAAUUACAAGCCUUACAUGCCAACGAAUAUGAAUAUGUCAGCGUCGGCGGCGGCGGCGGCCGGUCAAUUAAACUGUGAUUUUUCAACAAACUACAAAUAGCAAAAGAUCUCAAUGUUGGCGUGUGAGCUUCAAGUCAAGGCCUGACCUCGUGCGACGUGCGAUGUAUUUGGGAAUCAUCUCAAUUUAUAUACGCUAAAUAUUCAACAAUACUGUUUAUUAUAUUAUAUAUGCAUAUGUAUGUAUUAAUGUGCUUUAAGUCGUGGAUGUGUUAGCGCUAGGUGGGAGAAAUGGCUCUGAAACACAUUUUUUUUAAGUUUUAAAUUGUUUCAAGCGAAUUUUAGAUUUUUAUUUAAUUGUAUGUGGAAAAAUAUUCAAAUCAGGGCGUAAAUUACAUAUUGUAAAACAUCUUCGUAAAAUUUACAGUUUCAGCAUCGGCCUUCAGUGUUUCAGUGUAGAGAGGAAUCCAUGACUUUACAACCGUUAAUAUUUGUAUUAAGUAAUAUGCUUAGAGAAAUUCAUAUUUAUGCUUCGAGUACGAAAACAUUUGAGUAUUGAAAUUUUCGAGUUGUCAGCCAUUUUGUCGCGUGUUUCACUAAUUUUAAGCAAAUAACUGUAAAAAUAAAUAGUUUAUAGUUGUAUGUGUAUGUACAUAUGUAGUUUAAAACACAUCAAUAUGCACAUGUAUAAAUGUAUUUACACCUAUAUGUAUAUACAUGAGUUAUAUAAGAAUAUAAAGAAUAUUCCAGGCGAUAUAUACGAUAUGUAUGUAUGUAAUACCAUGUCAGACUGUACAUUUGAAAUUAUAGCCAUAUAUAAAUGUAAUAUAAUGUAGUUAUUUGUAGUCAUUUAUAUUUAUAUGCAUACAUACAUACAUACUUAUGUAGUUAUCAGUUAAAUGAUACUAAUUACAUACAUACAUACAAACAAGUUAUUGCACACGUGCUUGUGCAUGUUAUGUAAUUAUUAUUUGAUUGUAAUAAAUUAAAAACAAAAAACAAUUUAUGUAGUCCUGCAACAGUCACUGCAAUAAAGACUAAGUUUUCAAAUAUACAAA